AUGUCGCUUCAUAUGGGAUUUACGAAAAAGCUAGAACUUCGAACCGAGAAGGUUAAAUCGGUGGAUAUUCACCCUUCAGAACCAUGGGUGGCCUCAGCAAUGUAUAAUGGCUCACUCACGAUUUACAAUUACAACACUCAGGCCUUGGUGAAGAAGUUAGAAAUCUCAGAUGCGCCUCUGAGGUGCUGUAAAUUCGUUCCCAGGAAACAGUGGAUCGUUGCGGCAGGAGAUAAGAUGUGUAUCUCGGUAUAUAACUACAAUUCACUCGAGAAGGUCCACGUGGUUGAAGCCCACAAGGACUAUGUCCGAUAUUUGGAUCUACAUUCGACAAUGCCAUACGUUCUUAGCUGCUCAGACGAUAUGACUACAGUUUUAUGGGACAUUGACAAGGGGUGGGAGAAACUUGCCGUUUUUGAAGGCCACUCACACUACGUAAUGAUGGCAAAAUGGAGCCCAAAGGACCCGAACACCUUUGCAACAUGUUCCCUCGAUAAGACUAUUUCGUUUUGGAGAGUUAUGCUUAACUCUACAAACGCCACUCUGGCCCCUAACGCCACAAACACCCCUAACACCACUGCCGCACCAGUUACCAGUAGCGCAAACACCUUUGUGGGUAAUUUGAGCUCUGGAAAGUCGAAGGGCUCAAAAGGAAAGAGUGGGAAUAAACCACACUUUACCCUUACAGGCCACGAACGAGGAGUCAAUUGCAUUGACUUUUGCCCAAAUUCGUCGUUCCCGUACAUCAUUUCCGGAUCCGACGACUGUACUAUAAGGGUUUGGGACUACCAAACCAAGCUUUGUCUACAGGUGUUAAAAAAACACUUUAAGCCUGUUUCCUGUGUAGUAUACCACCCCAGACUUCCGAUCAUCCUAUCAACAGGCGAGGACGGAGAUUUUAACGUCUGGAACUCGAACCUUUACAAGAUUAAAAGGUCAGUAAACUAUGGUUACGGACAACUUUGGCACGUAGCGAGUAACACCACGGAUACUGCACUCGCUAGUGAUUCUGGAGUUUGCGUUCUUGAACUCGCAGGCGGAAAACCACUGGCAUCAAUGUACUCUAGCAAACUCGUGAUGGUCAAAUCAUCUGACAUUCUCACAUGUAACCUCACCUCUUCGCUCACUGAUCUCUCAAAUCAUGACCCAUCAAAACCCUUAAAUUUAUCAUUCAGAAAUAUCGGUUCAUCAGAGUUUUUUCCACAGGAACUUUCGCAUCACCCCAACGGUCGUUUUAUUUGUUUAUGCGGUGAUUCUGAAUAUAUAAUCUACACAUCCCAAGGUAUGAAGAGUAAAACAUUCGGAAAAGCAUCACAAUUUGUUUGGUCAUUUGAAGGUGACUACGCAACGUACGAUGGGUUCGAAGUUAGUGUGUUCUCGGAAUUUACACUCAGAGAGAAGCUCGACCUGCAGCAGACACAAGUCCAGAAGUUACACGGAGGAAAGUUACUUGGAGUGUCAACAGAUGUAGAUAUCCUAUUCUACACGUGGCCGCCAUGCAUGCCAGUGAAGAGGUUUUCACUGCAAGUGGACGAUAUUUACUGGCACCCGUCAUCGAAUAGGCUGGCACUUGCAUCGCAACUGGCAACAUACAUAUUAUCAUAUAACCUCGAACCACCGAACAGUAGCAGAUCGAGUAAGUUUGGAGGAAACUACGCAGAGGAUCUAGACGAAAAUGAAGCUGAAGAAUUGGAAGAGGAGAUCUUCCAGUUUGAGAAGGAGUUGGUGGAGAGAGUAACAAGUGCAUUGUGGGUUAAUGACACCUUCUUGUUUGUGACGUCGAACUCACACCUGUCGAUGUAUCUGGCUGGGAAUACGGAGACGCUUGUGUACCUGGAUAAACAGCUUCACUUGGUAGGAUACUUGCCUGAAAGCCAGCUGGUAUAUUUAUGCGAUGAUUCAGUAUCAGUAUACGGGUAUCAACUACCCUUUUCCUACCUCCAGUUCCACUCCAAGCUUUAUCACUACACCCAGGUGUUAAAUUCGGUUUCAAAGGACGAACACUCUGAGUUCGAGGACGAGGAACUCUCAAUCGCAAAAAAUGAACUCAAACAGUCCUUGGAAAACGUCGACGAGAAAAUGAGAGAGAAUGCAAGCAGGUUCCUUCAACUCUUUGGGGAAUAUGAACUCGGCCUUUUAUGCACUGAUAACCCCGACCUCAAAUUUGAACUACACCUCAAACUCGGAAAUGUCAACGACUGCCUUAAACUUCUUUUAUGGGAAUCACUCAAUCUCCCCGAAUUGUCUGAUUAUACUGUUAACAACGAUGUUAUAAACUCAAGUGAUGACGUCGAUGUGAUACUGGGAUUGGAUGAUAUGUUGAAAAGGAAGUGGAAGAGACUUGGAGACUAUUGUCUUAAAAGUUCCCAGAUCAAGGUGGCCAAAUUAUCGUACAAAUUCUCCAAUAACUUGCAAAACCUGCUCGUUCUACAUACCCUCACAGGUGAUCUUGAGGGAGUGAAAUACGUGGCAAAUACUGCACUAUUGUCAAGGGUGUACAAUGUAGCUUUCACAGCCUUUUACAUGCUGAAUGACAUCGAUUCCUGUAUUCAAAUAUUGCAUACGGUAAACCGACAUGCUGAAGCUACGUUUAUGGCAAGGACAUACAGGCCAAAUUUGCUAAAAAACUCAUUCACUAAAUGGAGCGAUAAUUUAAAAAAUAAGAAUGUUCAAUUGAUGGAACCUUUUGUGGACAAUAACGAGGUGGAUUUGAGUGAUUUUAAUUCCGAGUUCCCAGAAGCCUCGCAGUAUUUAAAAUUCAAGGACUCCUUUUUCUCAGCCUUUGCUAAGCAAAACGAACAAAAAAAUGACACUGUUGAUUUGUAA